AUGUGUAAGGCAGAUGUAUUGGAUGCUGUUGUAAUGUGUAAGGCAGAUGUAUUGGAUUCUGUUGUAAUGUGUAAGGCUAAUGUAUUGGAUGCUGUUGUAAUGUGUAAGGCAGAUGUAUUGGACUUUGUUAUGUGUAAGGUAGAUGUAUUGGAUUUUGUUAUGUGUAAGGUAGAUGUAUUGGAUGCUGUUGUAAUGUGUAAGGCAGAUGUAUUGGACUUUGUUAUGUGUAAGGUAGAUGUAUUGGAUUUUGUUAUGUGUAAAGGUAAUGUAUAA